AUGGCUAGCACCCAGCUCGACCGCCCGGUAUGGCAGGUUCGCCGUCCGGAGGAGACGAACACGGCCAAGUUCAUGUCGUUUGUCAACAAGCGGCACAACCUCAGUCUACAGUCCUACGACGAUCUGCACCAAUGGUCUGUCGGCGACACCAGCUUCGACGCCUUUUGGCACGAUGCGUACGAAUGGCUGGGACUAGCCCCAGCAGGCACGACCAAGAUUGGCAAGAUGCUCCAGGGCGAGAAUGCCGCGGCCACACCGCUCUUCCCGCCGCCGACCUUUUUUCCUGACGACAGGCUCAACCUGGCCGAGUUUCUCCUCCGCCGGGGCCCGGACGCGCAGGUGGCCAUCCACUUUGCGCGCGAAGGCGUCGCCGACACGGAGCACGUGACCUGGCGACAGCUGCGUGAACGUGUGCGCUGUGUACGCGACGCGCUGGCGAGCUCGGGCAUCUGGGCGGGCGACGUCGUGGCCGCCGUGAUCUCCAACUCGAUUGACGCCAUCGUGCUCUGUCUCGCCAGCCUGUCGCUGGGGGCCGUCUGGUCGUCGUCAUCGCCCGACCUCGGACCUGAUGCCAUCGUCGACCGUUACGGCCAGGUCGACCCGUCCAUCAUCUUUGCCGACGACGGCUACGUCUACGCCGGCAAGCAGGUCACGCUCACCGAGCGCAUCGCCCAGUGGUCGCAUGCCGUCGGCCGCGUCAGCGCCAAGCUGGCCGACGUCGUCGUCAUCCCGUACUGCGGCGCCGCCGUCGACACGUCGGCCAUCUACCGCGGACGCACGUGGGACGCCUUUCUCGGCCGCGGCACCGGCAGAGACCUCGACUUUGCCCUCAUGCCGUUCUCCCACCCUGCCUUCAUCCUGUUCUCGUCCGGCACCACCGGAAAGCCAAAGUGCAUGAUCCACUCAUCAGGCGGGGUGGCCUUGAAGGUACAGACCGAUAUGGUCUUGCAACAUGACAUUCGGCCCACCGAUGUGGUCUUUCAGUACACGACGACGUCUUGGGUAAUGUGGGUUCUCAACUUUGCUAAUCUGUCGACCGGAAAGUCCAUGCUUCUGUACGACGGUUCGCCAUUCCAUCCUCGCCCGACAAUACUUCUUGAGCUGGCACAGGAUGUAGGGGUCACUGUCUUUGGGACGUCGCCACGGUAUCUCGGAGACCUUAAGAAGCGAGGCAUUGUUCCACGGGAGCAAUUCGAUCUCAGCAAGCUUCGAAUGAUGACGUCGACGGGAUCCGUGCUGUCAGCCGAGCAGUACGAUUGGUUCUACGAUGUCGCCUUUCCACCGGACGCCCAGCUCAUCUCCAUGAGCGGAGGAACGGAUAUUGCAGGCUGCUUCGUCGCGGGGACUCCACUUCUGCCGGUGUAUCGCGGCGAGAUCCAGGCCAAGGCUCUCGGCAUGGCAGUAGACAUCUUUGACAGCGCUCAGACGGAACACGUCUCGGUGGAAGCGACGGGAAACCCAGGAGAGCUCGUCUGCACGAAGCCGUUUCCCAGCCAGCCGGUGACGUUUCACGGUGCCGGAGGCCAGGACCUCUACAAGUCGUCGUACUUUGAGCGCUUCGGUGUCGGCGUCUGGUGCCAGGGAGACUUUGUACAGCGCAUCAAGGCGACGGGCGGCCUGUUGAUGCUGGGCAGAUCCGAUGGUGUGCUCAACCCGUCUGGCGUCCGGUUCGGCUCGGCAGAAAUCUACGCAGUCACGGAAAAGAUGGCCGAGAUUGCCGACAGCAUCUGCGUGGGCCAGAGACGAGACUGCGACGCGGACGAGAGGGUGCUGCUCUUUGUCAAGAUGCAGCCGGGCAAAACCCUGACCCAGGCACUAGAGCAGGACCUGAAGACGGCAAUCCGGCAGACAUAUUCUGCUCGUCACGUGCCCCGCUUCAUCUUCGAGGUGGCCGACAUUCCCUACACGGUCAACGGCAAGAAGUGCGAGAUCAACGUCAAGCACAUUGUCAAUUGCCGCAAGGCAGCGGUUAGCGGCACGGUGGCGAAUCCGGCCGCCUUGAAGCUGUUUGAGCAAUUUCAGCAGCUUCCCGGGGACGAGGCUGUGGUCAAGAGCAAGUUGUAG